GUCACGCGCGCGCGUGCGUGUGUGUGUGUGAGCGAGCGCUCUGUUGUGUCCUCUCUGACCGUGUGUCCUCACGUCUCCUCACCUCCAUGCAGGUGAGUUAUGGAUGAAAGCACAUUUGAGACGUUUGAAGACGAGCUCGGUCAACCGCUGAAAGACGUUUUUCCUCCAAAGCCCCUCAGAACAGCUCGAACGGUGGGCCGAGCAGAGAUGUACACACAGAGGAGAACACGAGAGGAGACUCCAGGCCUCCAGCAGGUGCCGAAGAUGACUCCACGAGAACACCCGUUGUCCAGUGCAACGUCAUUGCGUAAAUCGAUGUCCAUUCAGAAUCUGGCUCAGAUUGAGACGCCGUGGGAGGGUGUGACACUCAACAGAUGUCUGAUCAUCGCCAUAACCAUCCUGGUGCUCACCUGCGGUCUACAGAGAAUUAACGAGGCUCUCAGGGGCCGUAAAGAUGUCGCUGAAGAGUUCACGGCUGUGAGUGAGCGACACACUUUCAUCAAGAGAGCAAAACUACCAACACAUGAGCCUGAGACGUCUUUAUGGGACGCGUUCUUCCAGUGGGUCACUGACGAUGACGACGAUGAAGGCAAAAGCAAACGUAGAUCCAAGAGGGCUUCUCAAGAGAGAGCGUCCGGGGGCUUCAGACACAGGGCCGUUCCAAACCUGAGACUCCUGAAGAAGAGAGAGAGUAAAUUCAGCGAGAGGAGAGGAAGGCGAGACGAGGGUGAGAUGAAAGAGAGAAUGAUGAGGACGAGAGAGAAAGUCAGGAAGAAAAUAACAGAGGAAGAGGAAGAAGUGGAGAAGACGGAGAAAACAAACACACCAGUGAAGGAUCACAAACAAAAACUCAAGAGAAAACCGUGAGAAGACUCAUGACAAAUCUGGCCUGUUAACAUCCUUCUUGAAAUGCGUUUUGAUGAUUUUUGCCCAUAAAAUAAAAAAACAAUAAAGAGUGAGAUACUUUUUUGACCACAUUUACAUGAUCUUAAACGUUACAAAUACGUUCUUUUCGUAGAUUCUUUCACGUAGGCCUAUAUACCGUUUCAUCGGACGCGCGCGCCCGAUC